AUGUUUGCAAUAGGCAAGUUUCUAAAUUGGUUCACAUUGAAUCAUGAGCAAGUAAAAAUUGAUGAACUAGAACAGCUUAAUAAUGAAAUUGAUGCCGCGAUAGAAAGUGAUAAUGCUAAGAAUAACCUGUACAAUUCUUCUAAAAAAGCAGAUGAAAGUAAUCAAAUUGAAGAAGACAAGGAAGCUUCUAUAUGUUUCAAAAAAAUAGGUUUAAUAACUCAAGUAAAGAGUAAUUUUGGUAUGAUUGACAAUUCCUACAUGUUUAACAUAAAUAAAGUUGCCAAAAAUUUAGAAGACUUAAAGGUCGGGUAUAAAGUUGAAUAUUUGGCAUAUAAACCCGAAGGAGAAGAUUCGGAUUUAAGGAUUUGUAAAAUUACAGAGAUAGUAGAAUAUCCGUGGGACUCAAUUACUACUGAAGAAGAAAUUAAUAAAACUCUUGAAGAAUUUCGUUCUGACAAACCAAGGUUUUUUAAUCAUAUAAAAAGAAAUGUAUUUGGAACAAUUACUCAAAAAAGAGAUCAUUUUAUCCAAGUUGAAACAGGUGCUGAAUCUGGAAUUGAAAUUGAUUUGGACGUAGUGUCGAUUGAAUUUGUUCCACAAGAAGGAGAUCAUGUGGUAUUGCUUUGUAUUGUACAAAAUAAUGAAGAUUUUUUCGAUAAUGAAUCCAACGUUCUUGAAUGUAAAAGUGUUUCAUGUGUUUGUAAAAGAUCUAUUAAAGGCGUAGUUACACUGAUUGAAUACGAUUAUGGAGUGAUUGAUAAUGAGGCAUAUUUUUCAUUCGAUGUUGUAGAUAUUGGAUAUAAAAUUGGUCUAGGAGAUCGUGUUUCAGCCGAAGUUAUUGAAAAUGAAGCUAUGCAUCCGAUUAAUUUCCGUUGUAUUCGAGUAUCUUUACUAGAGAAGGCGUCUACUGAAUCUCUGCUAAGUAAAAAAAAUAUUCGAAACCAUGAACUGGGUCUAAAUAAAAAUGGUAUUGAAGUCACAGAUAAAAUGCAUUUUAAAUUUGAAAAAUUGGGUGAAAUCGCCACAAAGCAUUUAGUGGUCAAGAAUACAAGUGAUUUCACACAAGAAUUGCUUCGAUACGUUUUUAAAAAAAAUAUUUCACAAUCGCAAUUGAGGCUAAGAAACGCUUCAGAAAUACGUGGUAAUUUAAGAAUAAAGCCGGGAUCAUCUUUAACUUUCAAAAUUAGCGCUAAAUCGAAAAGAUUUGGCCUAAGCUCGGAAAUUUUUGAGUUAUAUUUUAAUGAUUUUAUAAUAACCCGUAAUAUUGACGUCGAGGUUGGAGAAAUAAUGGAAGACAAUAACGAAAACCAAUUAAAUAAUAACCAGCGUUUUGGAGGAAAGAGUUUAAAGCAAAGAUCUUAUAACGCUAAAUUAAAAUGGGAUAAUAUGCAGAAACGAAACCUUUUGCCAGGUAUUCCAGUAAUUAACAGACCAAGAUUUAUAAAACAACGUAUUCAGUCAUACGAAACUCCAGAACGCUUAAAAAAUGCCGUUUUGAUAGCUGAAAAUCUAAAAGAUAUGGCCGAAAAGGUGGAGGAUAUAUAUUCUUCAUUAAGAGAAGAAUUAAAGCCUGAAAAUUACUUUCAAAGAUUUUCUGUACUUUUGCAUCUUGAAGAAAUAGAAAGGUUUAUUCAAAUGCGUCAAUACGAUCGCGAUAGAGCGCAUAUGCAAAAGGAACAAGAAUAUUUAAGUUUAACUAUUGAAAAUUUGGCUGAAAAAAGGCCGUCUUUAGUUAUAGGAGAUUCUGUUCACGCUACAAAUCCAUGGUCUGAGAAGGGCAAAGAAUUAUCAUACCAGGGAUAUAUUCAUAAGGUUUUAUAUAAUAAAAUUUUAAUUAAAUUUAAUGAUACUUUUCAUUUAAAAUACAAUGGAGAAGAUUAUCGUCUUGAGUUUUUUUUCUCAAGACAUAGUUUUCGAAAAAUGCAUCAUUCAGUUAAUUAUUUGCAAUCAUGUUUGGGAAAUGAAUAUUUGUUUCCAAAAAAAGUUAUUAUUAAAAAUGAACUUCAAAUGAACAUUGAACUAAAUGAAAAUGACGAAAUAAUUAAUCAAGAUUCUGGAAAAGUAAUACCAUGGUUUAACAAUAAACUUAAUCAUUAUCAAAAAGUUGCCAUUAAAAAUGUUUUAAGAGGAGACACUCGACCAAUGCCGUAUGUUAUUUUUGGUCCCCCAGGCACGGGAAAAACUUUAACGGUUAUUGAAACCAUUUUACAAUUAUUCAAAAACUGCCCUGGGUCCCGCUUAUUGGUCGGGACACCUACUAAUAGUUCAGCAGAUUUGAUUGCAUCGCGGUUAAUUGAUUCAAAUGUUUUAAUUCCUGGUGAUUUUAUUCGAUUGGUUGGACAGAAUUUAUUAGAAAAAGACUUAAUACCUAAUCAUAUAAAACCAUACAGCGCGACUCUUGAUAUUACUCUUGAAGGUACAGCGAAAGAGGAGAUGUAUGUUACCAGUGCUGGUGUGCAAACGAAAUGUCGCGCAAAAUAUUUGGGCAGACAUAGAAUUAUUAUUGGCACAUGCGUUACAUUGGGAAGCUUGUUAUACCUUGGCUAUCCAAAAACUCAAUUUACCCACGUAAUAGUUGAUGAAGCGGGGCAAUGCAUUGAGCCAGAAAUAAUGACCACCAUAAAACAAGUUGAUGGCAAAAGUGGCCAAAUCAUAUUAGCUGGAGAUCCGUUACAAUUGGGACCCACAGUUCUACAAAAAUAUGCUUUGGAGAAAGGUCUUGAUGAAUCAUUUUUGGUGCGAUUGCUACACACUCAACCAUAUUCAAAAGAUAAAGUGAGAUAUGAACAUACUGGAUACAAUCCGGUUCUUAUAACUAAGCUAAUUUACAAUUACCGAUCUGUCCCCAGUAUUUUGCAAAGUUAUAAUGACUUGUUUUAUGAUGGGGAGUUACUCUCAUCAAUUAAAGCUAACGAUAGCAGAGAAUUUACCUUGCUAAAAAGUUUAAAAAUAUUAUCAAAGACCUUUGACAAAAAACCAGUUGAACAUGGAUUAAUAUUUUAUGGAAUACGAGGACAAAAUCGUCAAGAUUUGGAUUCACCAUCUUGGUAUAAUGGAGAAGAAGCUUCACAGCUUUUCUUAUUUUCCUUGAAACUUCUUAAAGAAGGAAUUGAACCGAAACAAAUAGGCAUUAUAACACCAUACCAAAAACAAGUCAAAAAAAUUCGCAAUUUAUUUUUAGAAUCAGACUUAACAGAACUCCCUAAAAUUGGUACUGUUGAAGAAUUUCAGGGUCAAGAACGUGAUAUUAUUUUAAUAUCAACUGUUCGAUCAGCUAAAGCUUUAGUUCAUGUGGAUCUAAAACAUACAUUAGGGUUCCUACAAAGUUCCAAGAGAAUGAAUGUUGCAAUAUCAAGAGCUCGGGCCUUAUUAGCGAUUUUUGGCAAUCCUCAUUUGUUAUCCUUAGAUCCUAAUUGGGAAAAAUUAAUUCAAUAUUGCGUUUCUAGGAACGCAUAUACAGGAUGUGAUCUGCCAACUAGUUUUGAUAACAAAAUAGAAGAAAGAUGAUUUUAAAUACAUACAUACAUAUUUUUUAUUUUUUGUAAUUUA